AUGGCUCUCUCUUUUCCUAGUAUGUUCUCCCUCGAGGGCAGAACAGCCGUGAUAACAGGAGCAACAAGAGGCAUAGGCGCCGCCAUGGCCGUGGCACUGGCCGAAGCGGGCGCAAACAUUAUCCUCAUCCAACGAGACGCCAGCAACACGACCACCAAGACCGCCAUUGAAGGCCUCUCCCCACCACGCACCGCAACAAUUUACACCGCAGACAUGUCCUCUCCAUCGGACGUCUCAGGCGUAGCCACCAAGAUUUUGGGAGAUGGCCACGACGUCUCCAUCCUCGUCACCAGCGCGGGCAUCCAACGGCGCCACCCGGCGCACGCCUUCCCGCUCUCCGACUGGGCCGACGUCCUCCAAGUGAACCUGACGUCCGUGUUCACGCUGUGCCGUGACUUCGGGGCCUACAUGCUCUCCCGCGCCGGUCACGGUCCGCACAAGGGUUCCAUCAUCAACAUCGCCAGCCUGGUCAGUUUCUCUGGCGGGGUGACGGUCCCCGCGUACGCGAGCGCCAAGGGCGGCAUCGCGCAACUCACCAAGGCGCUGAGCAACGAGUGGGCUGGCAAGGGGGUGCGCGUGAAUGCGAUCGCGCCGGGGUAUAUCGCGACGGAGAUGAAUGAGGCGCUCAUCAACAAUGAGACGCGCGCGAGGCAGAUCCUCGAACGGAUCCCCAUGGGGAGGUGGGGGACUCCGGACGAUUUCAAGGGGCCGGUGGUGUUUCUCGCGAGUCCCGCCAGUGGGUAUGUUAGUGGGGAGGUGUUUGUCGUGUGA